GAUGAGAGGGUAGCAGAGAACCCAUAGAGUAGACAGCCUUUCUCUGUAGCACACACAGACACACAGACCAGAACAGACUGGGGGGAAGAGAGAGGGAAACAGACGCACUGCAAAAUCCAGAGGCAUCAACAGCCACCCUAGCAGCUCAAACCACCACAGCAGAUGGGGCCCGGAUUGUUUUGGAACUUCUCUUCAAAGGCUAACUGCUCGGUGCCGCAGAGCCUGCUGCAGACCAUGUUGCUCUCCAGGAUGGCUGGGAUGAAGGAGCAGCAAUUUACUGAGGAGAAACCCCUACUGCAAGAACAAAGAGGACAAGACACUGAGAUGGAGAACUGUGAGACCCUGAUGCCCAUUGGAGACUGGAAGGAACAUGACAUUGAGACUCCUUAUGGGAUGCUUCAUGUGGUGAUCCGUGGUGCACCCAAAGGAAACAAGCCUGCCAUCGUCACCUACCACGAUGUUGGGCUUAACCACAAGCUGUGCUUCAACAGCUUCUUCCACAAUGAGGACAUGCAGGAGAUCACCAAGCACUUUGUGGUGUGUCAUGUGGAUGCUCCUGGACAGCAGAUUGGAGCCUCUCAGAUGCCACAGGGGUACCAGUACCCCACCAUGGACCAGCUGGCAGGCAUGCUGCCCAGCGUAGUGCAGCACUUUGGAUUCAAGAGCAUCUUGGGCAUUGGAGUUGGAGCAGGCGCCUACAUCCUGGCCAAAUUUGCUCUGAUCUUCCCUGACCUGGUGGAGGGCCUGGUGCUGCUCAACAUCGACCCCAACGGGAAGGGCUGGAUCGACUGGGCCACUGGCAAGCUGUCUGGUUUCACCAGUGCUCUUCCAGACACUGUGCUGCCCCACCUCUUUAGCCAGGAGGAGCUGAUGAACAACACAGAGCUGGUCCAGAGUUACCGUCAACAGAUCAACAACACUGUCAACCAGGUCAACCUGCAGCUCUUCUGGAACAUGUACAACAGCCGUAGGGAUCUGGAGAUGAACCGCACCGGGACCAUCAUCAAUGCCAAGACCCUGAAGUGCCCCGUCAUGCUGGUUGUUGGUGACAACGCUCCAGCUGAGGAGGGAGUGGUCGAAUGCAAUUCCAAACUUGACCCAACCAACACCACCUUCUUAAAGAUGGCUGACUCUGGUGGACUCCCUCAGCUCACACAGCCUGGAAAACUGUCCGAAGCAUUCAAGUACUUCCUCCAGGGGAUGGGCUACAUUGCGUAUGUGAAGGAUCGGAGGUUGAGUGGUGGGCCAGUGCCCUCUGCCAGUAUGACCCGUCUGGCCCGCUCCCGGACGGCCUCCCUCACCAGUGGCAGCUCAAUUGAGAGUUCUCGUAUCCGGGGUUUUACACACUCUGACAGCAAUGAGGGCCAGGGGUGAAGUGGGAUAACUACUACCGCAGGGGUGCUUCCUGGGACUGUCUGUAAGGGGCAGGGCUUUUUUGGAGCCCAUUGCUCCAAGCUCUGAAUGUAGGGCAACACCCACCCCAACCACCCCCAACCACCCCCAACCACCUCCAACCACCUCCAACCACCCCCAUCCACCCCCAACCACCACCACCACCACCAACCACCCCAACCACCACCAACCACCACCAACCACCCCCAACCACCCCAACCACCUCCAACCAAAACCACAAGCUUCCCCGCCCCUCACAGACACAUCCAGUCGCCCCAAAAGGGCUAUCAGCUGAGGUCACUUUUCUGUUCAUAGUGCUGCCUAGCAACAGUGUACCAAUGUGCAAGGGACCCCAGGGGGGCUGCAGCCAAGAUUGUAGGAAAGAGCAGAGAUUCUAUCUGGAUGAAUGAGGCAUUUUCAUUUGUGAAGAUGCAGAGUGUGAGAGCGAAGGGUCUACAAAAUGUUCUGAAAAGGGGAUAAUAGAGGGGUGCUAAAACGUGUAAAUUGGGCUUCGGUGAGAGGAUAUUAGGACUAGUCAGAACAACAAACACUCCUUUCUACUCCUCCAAUCUGUUUUCAUGCAGUAUGAUAUUCAACGUUGUUGCCAUGCAUUUUCUCUCUGUAAGACUACUGUUGCUGUCAGCUCUGUGCCGACCUGAUUCUUCCCCCCUCCUCAGUCUCAAACAUACUGCCUAGGGGGCCCUGAAUGUAAUUUGUCCCUUUGAAAUGCUGUACAGUAUAGUCAAAGUGCCCCCUUCCACCCACCCACCGCCAUUACCCCCUAGGGCUUGUACCUGCUAACCUGACCACCCUACAGCCCAACUCCUUCCACGUCUUCCCUGCGCUGUAGAUAAUCACUGUUUUUAGAGCAGGUUAACUGCAAGAGGACUCCAACACUAUUGUAUUGUGACACAUUCCGCAUUUUGGUUCCUCGUUCCUUGAGUUCCUCUUUUUAUAUAACAAUAGAAUGGAGUUAUCUGUGGUAUUACUGGUCCCCGUGUAUUAUCAUUACUAUAGUAUUAUUGAUUGAUUUAUAUUGAGGAAAAAGUUGUUUUCAGACUGUUUGGUUUCACAGGAGUCUCCCAGCAUUGUUUCUGUUCACAGAGAUAGUAGGGUUGAAUCUUACCUGCUUCGUCAUAAAAUGUGAAAUGUAAAGUUGAAAUAUAUGUACUGUAAGUGGUCUCUGUCCAUGUAUUGAACAUGUAAUGAAAACAAAUAAAAACUGUCAGUAUAGUCA